AUGUUUUCAGCCUCUUUGGCUUGGGAGGAGAUAAAAGCACUGUACCCAUCGUUUCUCUGCGUAACGCAUCGCCACCGCCGAAGGGGAAGAAAGAGGCGACAAUGCUUCAGCUACACAUGCUGCCAUCCUCUCCGGUUAGCUCCCCGAACCCUAGACUCCUCUGCUUCCGCGAUUCGUCUUCCUCGCCACCACUACCACUCCGCGGUCACAGUACCUUAAACCCUCGCAAAGCCUCUCGCGUCUCUCUGGCCCGAGCUCCCGAUGGCCACUUCUCGUUGAAGUGCCGUCAGUCCGAGUACUUCGACCAGCAACAGAGGUUCGCGUCCUCGACGUCGUCGGAUAAUUCCACCUCCUUCUCUCCUUCCGGCGGAGCAGGAACAAUGUCUCCAAAGGUUUUCGUCGGUCAUUCCAUAUACAAAGGAAAGGCAGCACUGACAGUGGAGCCCAGAGCUCCAGAAUUCACUUCUUUAGAUUCAGGGGCAUAUAAACUAUCUAGGGAAGGAUUUGUGCUGCUUCAAUUUGCCCCUGCGGCUGGCACACGAGUAUAUGAUUGGAGCAGAAAGCAGGUGUUCUCAUUAUCCGUGACAGAAAUUGGAAAUCUUAUUGCUCUAGGUCCAAGAGACUCCUGCGAAUUUUUUCACGAUCCUUUUAAAGGAAAGAGUGAUGAAGGUAAAAUAAGGAAGGUUUUGAAGGUGGAGCCCCUUCCAGAUGGCUCGGGACACUUCUUUAAUCUUAGUGUUCAGAAUAAGCUCAUGAAUUUGGAUGAGAGCAUUUAUAUUCCUGUCACCAAGGCGGAAUACACUGUCCUCAUCUCGGCUUUCAAUUUCAUACUGCCGUACCUUUUAGGUUGGCACGCCUAUGCAAACACAAUAAAGCCAAAUGAUCCAAACAGAGCAAACAAUGCCAAUUCACGAUAUGGAGGAGACUUUGAGUGGAGUAGAUGAUAGACUGCUGGUUUUUUCAACUUGUGAUGGAGAGUGCUCUUCCACGACCCUCUGUUGUAGAGUUGAAAUUCUGCGUUAGUAAAAAUUUUGCUUGUACUUGAAAAUGCCUCCCAUUUUCGGCAUCCUUUUGGUUUCGAACGGGGUAGUCAGGAAAUUGCUGGGUUUGAGAUUGUAGGGGUUUCAUGCUAAAUCAACUAUAGUUACUUCCAAUGCUUUACAUUGUGCUGUCCAACUGCUGAUUUGAUUGUAUUGCGUCCAUAUAUUGGCAUGUUUUAGGUUGUCA